UCACAUGGAAUGGUUCUUGUUCCGUUCAUUCUUUUAUUAAUUUCAACAAAUAUGGUAGCCCAAAAAUCUGUUGUGUUUGGGUUCAUUGAUCAUGAUCAAGUUUCAAAAAGACCUGAUCCUCUGCACCAGUUCAAGUUAUAUAACGGAACUUAUAAUCUUGGCAACAAGCACUAUUGGGCUUCUGCGGCUUUCACAGGCAUUCAUGGCUAUGCAAUUGCUGGGAUUUGGUUGUUAUUUGGAUUGGGAUUUGGGAGUUAUAUGAUAUAUAAGUAUUUUCAUGGCAACUCAGCAACUCCAAUUGUUGACUAUCCACCUUCUUCCUACAUUUUGAUGUUCUUGCUCGUUGUUCUGUUUACCAUUCUUGCCAUGUAAGCUGCUUAUUUCUUAGUUUUUGGAUUUCAACUAUCAAAUAUGUU